AUGAACUCUCUCCUGGCCUUCACCCUGCUGCUUGCUUUGGGCUUGGCCCCAGCUCACGGGAGCAUCCUGCAGCUGUACAAGAUGAUCAGCAAAGCAACAGGGAAGGAUGCUCUGCUGCAUUACUCCUUGUAUGGCUGCUACUGUGGUCUGGGGGGCAGAGGAACACCCAAGGAUGCCACAGACAGGUGCUGCCAGGUGCAUGAUCAGUGCUACAGCAACCUGCUGAAGAAGUACCACUGUGAUGCCAAGGUGCAGGAAUACCACUACAGAUGGCUCGGGGGUCUCCCUACCUGCAAGGAAGAAUCCUGGUGUGGGCACCACUCCUGCCAGUGCGACCGCAGCCUGGCGCUCUGCCUGCAGAGGAACAUCAAGAGCUACAGCGUCUGGUACCUCUUCUACAACAAGAAGAAGUGCCACUGA